AUGGAGGACGGAAAAAACGCCAACCCGCUCAUCCUCAAUCCGUCAGAUCUGCCCACUCGAAGACGGCGGGCCUCUGCACGACAGGACCAUUCUGCCUUGGAUGUGAGCCUGGCCUAUCCCGCGCCGUCCUUCAGCAAUGACCCGUUCGCCCGAUCCUCGAGUCCGUCAUCUAUUGAAGAGAGUGACAGUGAUGCUGAGGACGAGCCGAUUGAUACACAGGAGAUCUACGACUUGAUCGCUACCAUGUCGGAUCCCGAGCAUCCCAUCACGCUGGGUUCUUUGGCCGUGGUGUCCUUGCCUGACAUAGCCAUUACACCGACCAUUCCAAGCCGGCCGGCCUCCAACCUCCAAACAGUCACCGUAUUAAUCACGCCAACGAUACAACAUUGCAGCCUGGCCACUGUGAUAGGCUUGGGGGUGCGCGUGAGGUUAGAAGAGUCGCUCCCGCCGAGAUUCCGGGUGGAUGUGAGAAUCAAAGAGGGAACUCAUUCGACAGCAGAUGAGGUCAAUAAACAACUCGCGGACAAGGAGAGAGUAGCGGCGGCACUAUGGAACCCAACCUUGCAGAGUUUCAUCAAGAAGAUGCUCGAGACAUGUGAAUAA